AACUUGUCAAAACAAACAAAUAAAUACCUCGAUUUUUUGUUAUUUAUUUAAUUUUAGAUGUAUUAAAUCGUCCAAAUCAAAAUGAAUAUGGGAGGUUCAUUAAAAAUAAACAAGUGCGCUUGUAUUUGUUUAUUUUUUCUAAUGUUCCUAAUAAUUUAUUGGAAAAACAGUGGUGCCCAAAGUACAGAGAUUGACAAACUUAAUAUGGUGAAUCUAAAGGAGCUGUUGAGAGCCGCUAUUCAGGCCGCCGAGCGUGGCGGGAAGAAGGUGGUUGACGGCAAGCAGCACGCCUUGAACAUCAAGAGUAAGGGCAAGACCAAAGAGGGUGCUAACGACCCAGUAACUGAUGCCGACUACGCUUCCCACUGUGCCAUGUACUACAGCCUCAAGAAGACUUUCCCCGGAGUAGCCGUAGUCUCUGAAGAGCACUCGAGCGAUGACCCGGCCUGUGAGAACCAGGAAGCCAUAGAUGUAGAAGACUUGCCAAGAGACCCACUUAUAUAUAACUUGUAUGAUGAAAAGGUUUUGUCAAAAGAUGUCACUGUUUGGAUUGAUCCAUUGGAUGCUACUCAAGAAUAUACAGAGGGACUCCACAACUACGUGACAACAAUGGUGUGUGUGGCAAUCAAGGGAGUGCCAAUAAUUGGAGUGAUCCAUCAGCCGUUUGCAGCUCAAACAUACUGGGCGUGGAUCACCAAGGAAAUGUCCAGCAAUAUACACUUGGUACCAAUGAUGGAUGAGCUAGAGCCAACGCAUCCAAGAGUAGUAGUGUCUCGCUCGCACGCUGGCGACGUCGCCAACGUGGCAACGAAGGCCUUCGGUCCAGACUCCACCGUGACCCCGGCCGGGGGCGCCGGCUACAAGGUCAUGGGACUCAUCAACAACACCUUCGACGUCUACCUCCACGUCACCGCCAUCAAGAAGUGGGACAUAUGCGCGGGAGACGCCAUCUUGAGAUACAUUAGCGGGAAAAUGACGACGAUGAAGGGAGAAACCAUAGACUACUCACAUAACAGUGCGUUUAAAGUUUCAGAUGGUAUUUUGGCGACGAGGUCGCACCACAAAUUUUAUUUGCAAAAAAUGCCAGAGUUUAUGUCUGGAGAUCAUUAGUAAUGUGCCAAAAUGGGAAUGGAUAAAUGGUUUUCGUUUGUACAAAUGAGGAGAGGUGUUUACACUGUGUAGUCCAUCAUAAUGUUCCUUUAUGUGGUGGAUUUCAUUUUAGACAAACAUGCUAGUUAUGUAUAGUAGGCAAGCGGCAUAAAAAAGUCAAUUAGAUUAAAUAAAUUCCUACAUAUCUUCACAGAAAGCAAUACAUGACAAUUAAUUUUGAAUUUGACUAUUUGUAUGAGAUAACAUAAAUUGCCUUUUAGAAAGGCUGUGAGAUAUCUAUAAUACAAUUUGGUUGGUUUAUUUAUAAGGCAAAUUGGGAAAAGGCAAUGUUUGUUAUUAUGAAUUAUUGAUAAAUGACUGGUUGUUGCCUAUUAGGUACCUUAUUAUGUAUCAAAUUGUUUGUACUUAAUCCGUUUUAUGAUGCAGUUGUAAAUAUUCUACAAACAUAAGUUAAUUUAUAAUAAAAACUGUUUUCCAAUUAA